GAGGAAGGAGGUGUUCCUCCAAGAGCGAUACGGUCACUACAGCCUGACCGACCCCUUCCUGGCACUUCAGAGGGACUUCGAGUGCGGGGUCCCAGGAGGAGACAAGGAGCGGCGGCCCCUGGGCUCCAGCCCCAUCUCUGUUCUGGAGGCUGUCAUGGCCCACUGCAGGAAGAUGCAGGAACGCAUGUCAGCCCAACUGGCCGCCGCCGAGAGCCGCCAGAAAAGGCUGGAGAUGGAGAAGCUGCAGCUCCAGAGUUUGGAGCAGGAUCACCGCAAGCUGACGGCGCAGCUGAAGGAUGAGCGUGAGAAGAACAAGCACAUUGUCAUGAUGUUGGUGCGUGAGUGCAAGCAGCUUGCUACACGGGUGGUAGAGGAGUCUCAGCGCUUUGAUGAGCUCCAGGCUCGCUUGGACGAGGAGAGUCGCACCUCUGGCCGACUGCAGGAGGAGCUGAGCACAGAGCGUCAGCGUAGUCAACAGAUGGAGGCCAAGAUGGAAAAGCAGCUGUCGGAGUUUGACACGGAGCGGGAACAGCUGCGUGCCAGGCUGGGCCGCGAGGAGGCCGAGAGCCAGGGUCUGCGGCAGCAGGUGGAGCAGCUCAGGACUGAACAGGGCGAUGGGAAGGACGGCGCCGCUGUCGCCCUGCCUGCUGCUGCUGCCGGAGCAGAACCUGCUGCUGCCACCAGCACACCAUCUAAACCUAAAGCUCUGAUCUCUGUUUCCGUAGCCACAGAGCCUAUCAGCUCUCGAACGGCGUCUUGCCAAACGGACCUGCCCCCCACUGAGGUGGAAGGUCCCAAGAAGAACCCCCUCACUAUACCAGUCAAACCAACCCCUGCUAACUAUGUGGGCUUGAGUCUGCCAAAGACGACGGGCCGGGGUAUUGUCCACAGCAGCUCAGGAGGACUGGCACAGACAGAGAAUGGCUCAGAGGGUCAAGCCCCCCACGGCUUACCCAGCGGAGUCAGCCCCCGUGUCCAGGCGGCCCGCUACAAGUUCCAGGAACAGGACCAAAAUGGCACGGCGUCCCAGAGUCCUCCAGCCCGUGACCUUUCACCCACCAACCGGGACAACUUUGCCGCCAAGCAGCAAGCACGCCACACCGUCACACAGGUCCUUUCACGCUUCACCAGCCCUCCCGCAGGAGGUGCCGGAUCCCUUCGUCCAGGCCUGCCCCACUCUGCCUCAGAGGGAGGCCCUUUUCCCAGCCGCCUGACCCAUCCAAUUGGCAUCAAGUCGCCCACGGUGGCCAGAAUUGACCGGGGAAACCCUCCCCCUAUCCCUCCCAAAAAGCCAGGGCUUUCCCAAACCCCUUCUCCUCCUCAUCCCCCGAUCAAGGUGGUGGGGGACAGCAGCCGCUCCCCCGCGGGUGGGCUAAAACCGGCCACGCCCCAGCUUCCGCCCAAACCUGCCCUGGACCUGGUCCCAGCCCUGACGGCCUCUCAGGUGGGUGCCUGCCCCCCUUCCCGCUCCGCGGGGUCUGGCCGGGGCCCUCAACAGCAGCCGGCAGCAGCAUGUGCAGAGUGCCCCCCAGUCAUCAGCCCUGCAACCACUGUCAGUAGCCCCUCCUCCAUAAACCCCCCCUCCACCUCCUCUUCCAUUAGUGCUCCAUCCUCCCGUAGUCCCCGUUCCUCAGCAGGCAGCCCCCUGGCAACAGCAUCAGGCUGGUGUCCCUCCGUAGUCUCCCCUCUAAGCAGCGGAGGGCCUGCUGCCCUGGACGGCGGGCGCCCCCUGCUCCCCCAAGCUGCUUCCCAGGGAAAUGUCACUUUAUUGUCAAUGCUGCUUAACCAACCAGACCCGACCGCCAUCACCAUCACCACCACUACCACCACGUCCACCAAUACCACCUCUACCACCAACACCACCUCUAUCACCGCCAUGGAGAACAAGCCCAAUCAUCUUGAUCAAGACCACCACCUAUACCACAACCAAACCUCUGCCUUGUUUGCUGCUGCUCAGAAUGGACACACAGACUGUGUGAAGCUGCUGCUGUCUUCGGUAUCACCUGCUGAUGUAUCAGAUGAAAAUGGAUUCACACCUUUACACUUUGCUGCCGCCCACGGCCACAGCAGCUGUGUUGAAAUGCUGCUUGCUGCAGGAGCUGCUGUGGAUUCGGUGGCGACGGAGGGACAGACUCCCCUCUUUCUUGCCUGUGAGGCAGGAAACCUGGACUGUGUCCGGGUCCUGCUGAGCGCCGGAGCCGAUCGCUCGCGCGCCACCACAGACGGCUGCACGGCUCUCCACGCUGCAGUGCGUUCAGGACACGUGGACACGCUGCGUCUCCUUCUUUGCCACCCGUGUCACGGUGAUCCCACUGUAAACCCUGACCCCCCUGCCAUCCUGGCUCUGCCUGCUGCCCUGCUGAACCAGGCCAACAAUGACGGCUGGACUGCUGCACACAUGGCUGCUGCCCUGGGCCUCAAGGAGUGUCUGGAGGUGCUGUGCAGCCACAGUGAACAGGAUGUCGACAGAAGGGAUAUGUGUAAUCGCACUAUUCAUGAUGUGGCAACUGAUGACUGCAAAGAUCUACUUGAAAACCUCCACUUGUACCGGGUCCUGGUGUGUCUCCAGUGUUCAGGUGGAGGAGGAGCGGGGUCUGUGUGUCCUGUGGAGGCCCUGGAGGAGGAGGCGAAGGGCGUCACCAGCAGCCAGUUGGUGCUUGGCAAAGUGUCAGUCGACCGGUCGAUGCAUUGGUCUCAGCUGGGCUCCACCCUCAGCCAUGCCUUCACCUCCUACCUCCAGAUAGUCUGUGGAGAAUCUCAGACGGCCAGGGAGGAGGAGCAACGCCCACCGCUAGGCCUUGCUCCCACCAGUAUCGCCUCCAUCCUUAUAGGAGAUACUGAGUGGUUGCCAGGUCAGGAGCUGCCUCUAUCCCCCUGGGACCUGGUCAGAAAGCCUCUCAGCCAGUGCAUCACCAUCCGCCUCAAAGGUCUGUCUGAGUCGUGUCUCGAUGAGUUGGCUCUGGAAUACCUCUUCCCCCUGCCGCUGCUGCACAACUACGUCCGCCUGGUGGAACAGUAUGGUAGCCUCAUCUUUCAUGGGCUUGAGGGCAGCUGUCAGGAGUACAUCGCCAAUCUGGUUGCUCGCUGCAUCAAGGCCAAGCAGGAGGCGGGGGGGCUCGGCUGUGACGUGGUGAGGGUGGAGGUGGAGGAGAGCCUGACCAAAGAGCAGCUGCUGGAGACUUUCAUCACCUGUGGUUUCCUGGUGCCAGCAGUUGGGUCAGGGGUCAGGGAGCCUGGUGGUCACACUGGUCAAUGUGUGGUAGUGCUGCUGGAGGGACUUGAGAAGGCUUCAUCCCUAACAGGCCUACUGGGAGACCUCUGCCACAGUCUGGACAACAGGGGCUCUGCUUCACCGCUGGUUCUCAACACUGGUCUCCACCACUUCUGUGAAGGCAGCUUCCUGAUUGCCACGCUGUCUAAGCACCGUCUGCAGGGAUCAGAGCUCCGCCUGCAGCAGCACUUCCGCUGGGUAACACUGCGCUGGGACCAGGAGCCACUGCACGGCCUGCUGGGAAGGCACCUUCGCAGGAAGCUGCUUCAUAAGACGGGGACUGGAGUUUGGUUACCUGAUGGCAUCAUGGAGCGUUCGGUGUUGUGGGUGAGCCAGGUUUGGCAGCAGCUCAACGCCUGUCUGUCCCGUCUGGGGACCCACGAGGCUUUGCUAGGCCCGCAGCUCUUCCUGUCCUGCCCUGUGGUUCCAAGCAACACAGAGGCAAUCGUCAGGUGGCUGGCUCGGCUCUGGAAUGCCGUGGUCGUCCCCCGCGUGGAAGAAGCCAUCAUCUCUCGGGUAACCGCCAAGCGCUCCUCCUCUACUACUUCCACAUCGCCGUCGUCUCAGCGACAGUCUCCUAGCAACUGUGGGCUGAGUGCCGGGCAGCAGGCUGUGGUGAAAGCCGCCCUCAGCAUCCUGGUCAACAAGGCUGUUCUCCUGGGCUGCCCUCUGCCUCGACACGAGAUAGACAGAUACCUGCUGGAAUUUCGGGGCGGGACCUUCCCUCUGACAGCCAUCGGCUCCUAUAAAGGAAAUUGCAGCGGACGGGGAAGAAAGGGACGAGACGGCAGCAAGUUGAGACGAUCCAACACCAGCCCUCGGAAGAAGGGAAGCCCCGCCUUAAACUGGAGCUGUGGCGGUUCCUUUAGAGAGGGUUCACUGUCUAGCACUGAUGUCAGCUUCAUCGCCAAUGGCCAGAGGGAGCCUGUAGGUCUGUCUGUGUUCUCUGAUGAUGAGACAGAUUUGAUCAGAGAGCUGCAGACCAUGUGCUCCAGCAAGUCAGAGCCAGACAUAAGCAAGAUCUCUCAGGCCAAGGACGACUUGAUAAUGUUCUCCAACUCUCCCGGCCAAGAGACGCCCCCCCACAAGACGGCACAGGGAAUCACCGUCCAGCAAAGACCGCAGACGACUGUCAUCCGUCAGUCCAGCCACAGCUCCACCCAGGCAGCCGUCCAGAGCAGCGACCGGCGUUCAGGCCCUCGUGCCAAAUCACAGCUCCCGGUCCCCAGCAGCAGGGGGCAGCAGACACGAGUCUCCACUGCUGCCACCAGCAGCAACAAUAACAGUAGCAGCAGCCCUGGCCGAACCCAGACGCCCCCCAGCCGCGGCAGAAGCACCAACAGCAGCAGCAGAACAAAGCAGGCUCCCCCAAGCAGCAGCAGCAACAACUACUACCGCAACAACAUCAACGACAACAACCAAUCACAUGAGGACAUCUGGAUCCUCCACAGAGACCUGCAUGAGAACAACAACAGCAAGUAGACAUCUUCUCCACCCACCCCCCCUCCCCCACAUCUCCCCCUUGACUCGCUGUGAACCUCCCUCCAUGAUGUAAAGACUUGGUACCUGACGACCUUUGACUUUUAGUAUUUGUACUUGUUAUCCGUACUUGUUACACUGUACUACAGUUGUGUACUUGGGGACCAUAGUUUUAUUCAAUUACAGUAUUUGAAGUAUUUGACCGUUAGGUUUGGUAAGAUUAUACGUGGGGGGGAAAAACCAGAAGGUAAAGCAGCAGGUUACUUUACUGUUGCCUUAUUCCAGUGUAUCAACCUGCAUAUUAUGUGAUGGUAUUCAGCAGACAGGAUACAGUGUAAGAAUUUACUGAAAUAAGAGUUGAGAUCAAAAGUAUUUGACUUGUGGAAACUGCCUCAAAACAGUAUUGACAGUGUUUUUGUGUACUUAAAGUGAAAUACUGUACUUCUACUGGUAUAAGGACAUUGAAGAGUAACUGAAGGUACUUACAGCCUUUUAGUUAAGUGUUUUUGGAUCAAAGAAAGAAACAAGCUGGAUUUUAUUUUAUUUUGUUGUUUUUGCUAUUAAGUAUUUGAGAUAUUCAAGUGUUUUAUCUUUAAAUAGCAAGGUUGGUUUAAAUACUGUUGAAAUUAAUCAGGGUUUUACCAAAUAUAUUUGUAAAUAAGAAUUAGUACGUUUAAAUGCUCUAUAGAUUGGUGUAUGUGGUAUGACGCUUGUACAGUGACGAAACCUUAAAGCAAAACUGCUGAAAAAAAGAAAACUUGUACAUAAUGUUUGUAAAAUGAGUUUGGUUCUGAAGCCUUCACUUGUUUCAAAGUGAAGGAGCUGUGGCAAUAAGUAAUAGAACUGUAUAAACACAGGAUGUCCUCAAUCAACUGUAAGCCAUAAUAAAUAUUUUAAAUGUCCAUCAUUUCCGAGUCAUGUUCAAUUUACCCCAGCUGAGCCCUACUGUGUAAUUCAUACUUUAUUUUUUGCUUUCCAUUAUCACUGUUCUUAUGUUUUUACUUUUAAAGGACAAGUUUUAUUUUAAAUCGGACAUUGUUUAUAUAUAAAUAUAUCUAUACAUAUGUACAGGAGAGAUUUUAGUCAACCUAUGAUUUUAAUCUGUACGAUAGUUGUUUGCAGUUUAAAGAAUUGUCUUUCAAACACAAACAUUAAAAUGGCACUGUUAAAAAUC